AUGAUAGCUGAGAUGCGAUUAGUGGAAGCAUCAUUAUCUAGUCGGGAAAGUUACGGAGACAGUGCAAUAGGCUACGUUUGCUUACGGAGAGAGUUGUCUAUCUGCACAAUAAAAGGAAAAAUAUGUCCAGAGCACCGAGUAAAAAGUAAAAGAUAUGCAGUAACUUUGGUGGUAAACGAAGCAGAUGAAACUAUACAAGAAGUAAAUUGUGAAGAUUGUGCUGUAUCGCAAGGAGGAUGUAAACAUGCAUUAGCAUUUUUAAUGUGGCUCCACUGCAAAAGAACAGUUGGGACAACAAAGAAAUUUGUAGAAGCGACAGAAUUGUGCAAGGAAGAAAUUCCGAGCACUGUUCUACCUGACAACUCUACAUUUUUACAAAAUAUUUUAAAGAAAGCCGAAGAAAAGCAAAUAGAUAGCCAGCUGUCUAGACACAACUUCGAAUUAUUAGAGCGAGAAUGUUAUUCAUUAUCCUUACAUCACUUGCUAAUAGCAUUCCUUAAGAAUGGAGGAAGUGCUGCUAAUGAUUUUAUACAAUUUGCUACGUCAAAAAUGACACCACAAUUGAUUUCCAAAGUGGAAGUAGAAACAAGGCAGCAAAGCGAAAGUUCCUUAUGGUGCGUGUCUCACUCUCCGUCCUCUCAGACCACGCAAUUUCGCUUCCAUGCAGCUAAGAAAUUUGACUCGGCCUUAACGCGACGAGGAAAAAAUUUAGAAAAGACUGUGAUUGCAGAAGUGGAAAAAUUAAUAAAUAAAAAAUUGAAGAAAUGUGGUAUUAUAUUGAUACCACAAUGCCCAAUGCUUGGAGCCUCUCCAGAUGCAAUGGGAGAAAAUUUUGUGGUUGAGGUGAAAUGCCCCGGUUCGGACAAAACCUUCUCCCAAUACAUAUCCAAUAACGAAAUAACCUAUCCAGAAUUUGAAAGAGCAGAAAAGUAA